AUGUCUCAAAUGUUAAAAGACAUUUUGAAAUCGCAAGAAAUUGUGAAUAAUAAAAUUUUGAGUACUUUUUAUAAAAUCUCAUUUAUGACAGGAGUGAAUGUUAAAUAUAAGACAGGAUUUAAAGAUCCAGUUAAAUUAGUUAAUGCUUUUUUGGUAUCAGUGUCGUUGGUGGGUCUAUGCGCCCAAUACUGUUUAGUGUGGCAUAAUCGCAAAGAACCAUUUGUGGAAUCGGCUGAUGCAAUUUGCACAGCCAAUCAAGCUUGGAUUUCGAUAUUUAAAUUAAUUUAUUUCAUAUUUGUGCAACAUGAAUUCUACGAUCUCUUACAUACUGCCACCGAUGGCACUUUGCUCUCUGAAUUGGGAGUAUUUGAUUUGGCUAUAAAUUGCAAACAAAAACUUCUACAAGAAAUUAAAGAGAUUUUGGCCGAUUCUUGGUUGCACAUUAAACAUCAAUUGAAUUUCUUUACUUUCUCCUGCAUGAUGGCCUGUGGAUUUUAUAUGUUCUCCUGUAUAUUCGCCAAUUAUUAUUACACCCAUAUACAACCACAAAAUUUCACCUUGCAAUUACCCAUGCCUGCAUUAUUUCCCAUGUGGCAUGAUUAUGGUAUGACAUUACCGUACUAUCCCAUACAAUAUACAAUUGCUGGUAUUGAGAAUUAUAUAUGCGGAAUGUGUGCUGUAUGCUUCGAUGGUAUUUUCAUAAUAAUUGUAGUCCAUUGUUCUGCACUGUUUGAAGUCCUGCAUAAACUUUUAGAAUAUGCAACGGAUGAGGAUAUUCCGCAACCAGAACGAGUUAAAUAUUUGAUCUGCUGUGUGCGUUUGCAUGAACAAAUUUACGGAUACUAUUCAAAAAUCAACGACAUGUAUCGUAAUCCCAGUUUGGCCCAGUGUUUUUUGAGCAUGUUGGUUCUAUGUGUGGUCAUGUUUAUGGCCAAUGUUGGCCUGGAAGAGGAUAUAACACUAUUUUUAAAAAUGUUGUGUUUCUUGGGUGCCGCUGGCUUUCAAAUUGUUAUUUACUGCUAUAAUGGUCAGAAAAUUAUAACGCAGAGUGAGAAAACUCCUUCGCUUUGGUAUACCAACACCUGGUAUAAUGAAUCUAAACAAUUUAAAUACAUUAUAAAUAUGAUGAUUUUGAAGACCAAUCGUACUUUAUAUUUACAAGUGUCGGGUUUUACCACCAUGUCUCAUAUGACUUUGCUAUCGAUUGUUCAGACAAGUGGUUCUUAUUUCUUGCUAUUGAAAAACCUUAGUGGCAUGGAUUAA